UUUGAAAAGAGAAAUUCGCAACCCCUUUUCCCUCCUCUCUCUAUGCUCUUCUCUCUCUCUCUCUCUCUUCGCCGGAGCCAACGUCUCUUGUUCUUCACUCUUCGCUCUUCACCCUUCACCGCAUUCACUUCUCACUCAUCACUCAUCACCGCCGAGUGAGAGACAGAGAGACAGAGAGAAGAGAUCACACAAAUGCAAGAUAUAUUCGGAUCAGUUCGGCGAUCGCUGGUGUUCCGUGCUUCGCCUGAGAACGAAGAGCACUCGCUGAGAGGAACCCUAGUUGAUAAGAUCGGUUACUGUAUACGCAAUUCCAGAGUCUUCUCUAAGCCCUCACUGUCUCCACCGUCCUUGCCGCCGAUUCCCAAGGACGUUGCUGCUGCUGCUCCGCCGCCGCCUACGAUCCGAUGGCGCAAGGGCGAGUUGAUCGGUUGCGGCGCCUUUGGCCAAGUUUAUGUUGGAAUGAAUCUCGAUUCUGGAGAACUUUUAGCAGUUAAACAGGUUUUGAUUGCAGCGAGUAGUGCUUCGAAGGAGAAGGCACAGGCUCAUGUAAAAGAGCUCGAGGAAGAAGUUAAGCUUCUUAAAGAUCUUUCACAUCCCAACAUUGUUAGAUAUUUGGGUACAGUUAGAGAGGAGGACACCUUAAAUAUUCUCCUGGAGUUUGUCCCUGGUGGAUCCAUAUCAUCACUGUUGGGGAAAUUUGGAGCUUUCCCUGAGGCAGUCAUAAGAACUUACACAAAGCAGUUGCUGCUUGGACUUGAGUACUUGCACAAAAAUGGAAUAAUGCACAGAGAUAUUAAGGGGGCCAAUAUUCUUGUAGAUAAUAAAGGUUGCAUUAAACUUGCAGAUUUUGGGGCCUCCAAACAAGUUGUUGAGCUGGCUACUAUUUCGGGUGCCAAGUCUAUGAAGGGUACUCCAUAUUGGAUGGCUCCUGAGGUUAUUCUCCAGACUGGACAUAGCUUCUCUGCUGACAUAUGGAGUGUGGGUUGCACUGUGAUUGAGAUGGCCACUGGAAAGCCUCCCUGGAGCCAACAAUACCAACAAGAGGUUGCUGCUCUCUUCCAUAUAGGGACAACUAAGUCUCAUCCGCCAAUCCCUGAUCAUCUCUCUGUUGCAGCCAAAGAUUUUCUGCUAAAAUGUUUGCAGAAGGAACCAUAUUUGAGGCCAUCGGCAUCAGAACUACUGCAGCAUCCCUUUGUUACUGGUGAACCUAUGGAUUCUCUUCCUGUUUCAUCUACUGUCGUGAAAAAUUUGGAAGCUUCAUCUUCUUGUGCUCCAAAUGUUGAAUCAUUCCUUCGUUGCUCAAAUUUGAAUCUUGAGGACUCAGGAAAUAAAGAGUUGUGGGGAAUUAGCAACGAUGAUGAUGACAUGUGUAUGAUUGAUGACGACGAGGAGUUCUCUCAGAAUGAUGUCAAACACGAACCUUUGAUCUCAGAAAAUAUUGAGAGCUUCAACCCGAUGUCAGAUCCCUCUGAUGAUUGGGUGUGUAAGUUUGAUGGAAGUCCGGAAUUGGAACACAAAGGAGUCAGUUUUGGCACAGACGAAAAUGAUAAGUCACUUGGUCACUUAGGGGAUUAUAACAAGGAGCAGAAAGAUUUUUCCUUUCCGAGCGUGCCAUCUCUAUCAGAGGAAGAUGAUGAGCUCACGGAGUCAAAAAUUCAAGCUUUUUUGGAUGAGAAGGCUCUUGAACUGAAGAAGCUGCAGACACCUUUAUAUGAGGAGUUCUACAACAGUAUAAAUAUAUCUUGUUCACCAAGUGUGAUUGAUGGAACAAGUGAUGAAACUGCUUCUCGGAAGUUUUUGAAAUUACCUCCUAAGAGUAAGUCACCAAGUCGGGUACCAAGCACUCCAUCUAAAGCAGCUGACAAUACUGGAAGUCCCGGAAGUAACGGCAGGUCCUCAUCAACUGUUGGCAAUGUAAAUGAUCAUAGUUCACAGGACCUUCCAUCUUCUCCCCUUAAUGAAUUUAAAGGGCUGAUAGUUGACUCCCAGCAGGAACCUGGUAGCCCAAGUUUAAGCUUUUCGAAACAGAGAGAGUGGAAAGAAGAGCUCGACCAGGAGCUUGAAAGAAAACGAGAAUGGAGGCGCCAAGCAGGGGUGGGGUCAAAGACUUCUUCACCAAAGGAUAGAGCUUUACAUCGGCAGAGAGAGCGGACACGAUUUGCUUCUCCCAGCAAAUAAGAUUGUUGUGUUAAGAGCGUUCAUCUUGCCUCCGUGAAUGCUUCUUAUAAAAUCACUGUGCUUGCAAAUGCAAGUGUUGCUGCAGUUUUGUUGCGGUUACUAAUGCUGUAGUUAUAUAUGUCUUUUUGCCAUUCUACACAUGCUGAGAUCCUUUUGUGUCUGAAAAGCUUCGAUUGCUCUCCCAAGUCCCUUGAGCUUGUCCGUGUUGUUCUGGCAUGUAAAGCUUUUUAUAGAAGUGUUGCUUGAAAAUUUUACUUUA